GAGAGGGAGAGAGAGAGUGAGAGUGUGUUGAAAUAAGAUAGUGCGAGGGAUAGGCACCUGUGAAUGAAGAUACUAAUUCCAUGCAGAACUUUUGAUAAAAUUUACAAUUCAUGCAUAGACCUGUUUACAUCCUGUAGACAUUGCAGUCUCACAUUGAUUCUGGCCUUACAAAUCUUGUAUUUGAUACACUGAGCUGUGGAAUUAUUCAGGAUAAAUCAGCCUCAAUAAACCCCUUACAGCAAUCACCAAUCCUCUUAAAAAUCUCACAGUGCCUCAAAUGGAAUGGAAGACCCUCAACAGCAAUCCAUCCUCCCAAAAAUGAAACUUUGCUUCUAACUGAAUUCGUUUCAUGCCGUCGUUUCAGUGCCUUAAAUGGAAUGGAAGACCCUCAACAGCAAUCCAUCCUCCCAAAAAAUGGAGCUGAUCCGGACAAUGUUCAAGUGCACUAAGGGUGCUUGAUGUUAUAUUAAGACAGCAAGCAACUAAUUGGGGUUUUCUUUUGGUAAGACAGUCAUUCUUUCAUGAUGACUUAAGGAACUUCACUGAUGUUGGAGGAGGUGUUCACUGGGUGUUGGGGCUUCCGUUCCAGCUUUCGUUCAACUCAUGGUGAUGUAUCUACAAGUAUGAUCCUGACGCCUGGAUCUGUUAUUGAUUUUCUGCUAGCUAACCAGAACGAACGUGAACAUUGUUACAUUGACUGGGCAAAGGCCAAAAGAAUGCUAAAAAACAUAAGAAUUAAGACAAGACACAACAAGGAGUUCAAGAUCAUAGGUUUGAGUGACAAGCCUUGCAAGCAGCUGUUUUUUCCACUGAAAGUGAAAAACAGUGAUGGUGCCUAUGAUGGAGGACAGACUACGGAGAUUACGGUAUACAAGUAUUUUUCCAAACAUCGGAAUAUUGAACUUACUUAUUCUGCAUAUAUGCAUUGCCUUGAUGUUGGUAAACCGAAACAGCCAAACUAUCUGCCGCUGGAGGCUAUGGGAAACUACCGUGAUGAUGAUGAUCCCCUCCUUGUUGCUUUUGGCAUUUCAAUUGAGAAACAACUCACCCAAGUUGAUGGUCAGGUCCUUGAGGCACCCCAAGUUGAAGGUUGGUAA